AUGUCGAGCGCAUUCUGGUACAUCGACCCAAUGGCGACUUCUUGUGGGGAUUCAACCCCCAUCAUACGUACCCCCCAAGAGAAUGACCCUUCGGAGCUUGAUUUCAAAUGUAGAGGGCUGAACAAGUCAGAUACAGGUUCAUCCUUGCCCAAACCUUUACCGCAAAAGGAUGAGAACGAGGUGAUAGGGGAUGUCGAAAAUUUCGGGAUCCAGUUUGAGUUGCACUACGAUCUCUCAGGGAGAAACACGACCGAGAUCUUGCAAGAUAUUCUGUGGGAGAUGUCAUGGCGUACACCGGUCCAUAACUGGGAUAUCAAGAUUGUGCCGGAUUCAAUGAGUGUUCUAGCAAUGAAGGGACGGCAGUAUCUGAAAGCUAAUCCAUUGAGCCACUCACUUGGGUUGAGUACCUUGACAUCCUAUUCUACGGUGGAAGAGAUUCUGUAUCACGGAGGAAUCUGUGAACGACUGCCCGCCAGUGAAGGCUCAAAUGAUAUUGCGAGGCAUAUGUUUUUCAGGAAGGAUGCAUUCAAAGACAAUCAAAGUCUGUUUUCUUUUUCGAAGGCUGUGUCGAACGGGGAUCGCGCCCUUCACGGAGUCUGCUUGCAGGGGCGGAUUAUUUUUAUCAAAGAGCAUGUUCCGCACCCACAGAAGGAUUGCCUUUUACUACUAUAUUCUUUGACCAUACGAUUACAGUAUGAAGAGUACGGUUUCAUUCGCGCAUUUAUCGACAGACAUCUUAGUUUACGCACAUCCGUUAAAAUGCCGUACCAUUGGCAGGAAACUCUCCCUCCCGAGUUAACAUCACAAACUUCUGGGUCUAAGGGAUCAGGAAGCGGAAAAAUUCCUCUUCUUAAUAUCUCCGAAGAGUCAUCUUCAACGCUUUUAACUAUCGUUAUCCCGGAAGAGUCCGUUACCAAAGAAGAAGAGAAUGGACUCCUAACAGACCCGAAUGGCCUUUGGACAGUCCUCGUAGUCAACGGUCCUCCCGACUUUGGCUCAGGAUUGGAACCCAGUCAUCACCUAACCCCAAUCUCACAAUUUCUGCGUGGCAUAGUUGCAUCACUUUGCACGCUAAGAUCCAAUGCACAAGCCAUCUACCGCGAGCUCAAAGAUCUGCUUGCCCUUCACGACAAUAACACUAUCUUUGAUGACGAAAACUUUACCAAAUCUACUUUGUAUCAUUGCACCGUCAAAAACUGUGGAGAAGUUGUUACGUGCAUAACCUCUACUCUUCGAUUCAUUCGGAGGACGAAGAAAAGCCACUUAGAUAAGCUGUGCCGAGAUGCACAUGCACGCGAGAAGCCGGGGAUUGAUCAUUGGGCCCGCGAGAUUGAGGAGGAGAUUUUCAAUCUGGAAGACCUGAAGGAGGAAAUCCUGGCAUUGAGUGCUGGGGUACAAGAGAGUCGUAAUGCGCUACACGGGGCCACAUCAGUUCUAGAGGCAAGAUUAGCCGCUCAACAAACACACCGUAUGAACACCUUGGCUUACCUAGCUACCUUAUAUAUACCAUUGACAGCCUCAACGCAUGUCCGUUCUACCUAG